GGGGCAGUAUUCCAAAUUUGUUAAUUCUACAUGCACUACAGAAUUUUUAUCUAAAAAUGUGACAAUCUUGUUCCCAGUUCUCCUGUGUUCCGCACAUUGUUCUUUGGGCUCUGAGAAUGUUCAGUGGGUUCCGGUAUCAUCCGACCUGCGGAUCUGUGGCCUCACAUGUGAAUCACUUGGGAUUUAUACCCUCGAUCUUGCACCUGAUAAACCCAUCCUGGAUUUCGCUUGUUCAGACAAAUCCCUGAGGAUAUACAGCAUGUAUGAUACACGGAUUAACCUGAAUGUAUCCACGGGCUGCUGCUCCAUAGCCAAUGCUGGGAAAUCAGACAGAGGGGACUAUGUGCUGUAUUUCUAUGGGACAGAUAGGAAGAAGAGACUGGCUACACAGGCAACAAUCUGGGUUAUAGACCCAGUGUGUGUGACCAACAUAAGCGCCAGGCACAAUGGAGAAAAUGUGAGUGUGAGUGUUUCCUACAGUGGGGAAGAGGCGACAGUUGUGUGGGCAUGGAACGGGGGAGCCCUGCCUGAGAGACACCAGCUGAGUGACAGUAACAAGACUCUCACUGUACCCAGUACUGACACCGGCACAUUCACCGUCCUUGUCUCCAACCCCGUCAGUCACAGCAGCGCUCACUAUAACCUCACACUGACGGAAGCGGAAUUGCAAUCUCAAACUGGGAUGAUCAUCGGAAUUAUUACUGGAUUUCUGCUGCUGAUUUUAAUUGCCUGUUUGGUGGUUUAUUGGAUAGUGAAAAAGAAAAGGCAAAAGAUGAAUAGCCCUAUGUAUUCUCUGCCUAUGGGGAAUAUACUGACCUGAAGUAGCUGUGUGCAUUGAUGAUAUAUAAUAUAAUAGCUGUGAGAUAUUUAAUAUAUAUAUAUAUAUAUAAUAUAAUUGAUUUGCUGCCGACUGGGACCAAGAGACAAAGCAGUUGCUGAUCCUCUACCUGCUUGCAUGGUAUGUGGAGAUUGAUUAUUACAUCUAAAUGCGUUCUGGAUAUUAUAUAAAUAAUAAGUAAAUACCACGAGUCCCUCAUGUAAAGCAGUAGACUGUGUGCAUGGAAGUUCUUGUAUGAGGGUCUUAUUAAAAGUAGCAGCAAAAAGAAGUGUGUGUGUGUAUGCAGAAGCAGUCAGUCUGAAUGUGUGAUACAGAAUGUAUACAAAUAUAUACGUAUGCAGAAUGUGUCUCUGAUACUCGGCUAUCUUUUAAAAUGUCCUACAGCGUCAGACAAACAGAACAUUGAAAAGCAGUAAUAGGCCUAUGUUGGUUUUUAUUCAGUGGAAAUAAAUCUAAAGCAACUAAA